UGACCUUUGAUAUUAGGUACAAGGAUGGAAGGGAACUUUAUAGUCCGGAUUGAAUCACAAUAAUACCAGUCUUCGUUAUAUAAUCGCACUAGACACUACUGUGUUUUUAAAAUAAGAAGUCAUGGAUUUAACAAAAUUUUGGAUUAUUGUGGUUUUGGUAGUGUGUUACGAACAAUCCAGCAUCGCGAACCACGUCAAUGUACUCAACAAAAACGAUCCUGGCAGAUCAAGACCAAAAAAAUCAGUCGAUACGGAAAUAUAUGUAGCAAUUCCGCCGGAAAACAUUAAGACUGGUAAACAAGACAGCCCUCCAACUUUGAUACGUUUGGAUCCAAAUUCUCCAAAUAAGUUCAAGGGCAAGUUUCCGACUCCAAUCGAACGUUUUAUACAGCGCAUACAGAACUAUUUUUCCGUGUACAAUCCACCAGAAUACUUAAAUGACUUAAGACCCGGUAUCAAUAAUCCGGAAAACGACGGGUACCAGUUAGACUCGUCGAACAACACGCAGGUAAUACUACCGUGUAACGGUACGAGCACCAUAGUGAUCAUUCCUGUGCCAUUGGAAAAUGAAAAUAUUUCUACCGACCAAAAUGCAUAUUCAGAUAAACCGGACGCUUACAUAGUGCCGACGACUCCAAAACCUAAUUGCCCAGAAGAUGUGACUACAGAAAAGCCGAAAUGUCCAGAAGACACUACCCCAAAACCAUAUUGUCCGGAAGUGACAACUCCAAAGCCAAACUGUCCAGAAGUUACUACUCCAAAGCCAAACUGUCCGGAAGUUACAACUCCAAAACCAAACUGUCCGGAAGUUACCACUCUAAAACCAAAUUGUCCGGAAGUUACCACCCCGAAACCUAAUUGUGUGGAAGUUACUACUCCAAAGCCAAACUGUCCGGAAGUUACAACUCCAAAACCAAACUGUCCGGAAGUUACCACUCCAAAACCAAAUUGUCCGGAAGUUACCACCCCGAAACCUAAUUGUGUGGAAGUUACUACUCCAAAGCCAAAAUGUCCAGAAGAGACAACUCCAAAACCUAACUGUCCGGAAGUGACCACUCCGAAGCCAAAGUGUCCAGAAAUUACAACACCAAAACCUAACUGUCCUGAAGUGACCACUCCGAAACCCAAAUGCCCGGAAGCAACUACCCCGAAACCCAAAUGCCCGGAAGCAACUACCCCGAAACCUAAGUGCCCUGAAAUAACGACUCAAAAACUACCUUGUCCCCCCAAACAAAAUUCAACAGCAAGUGACCCUAAACCUAUAUCUGGAUACGGACCGACUGAAGUUCCUUCACUGAACUUAGUAGCUCAGCCCGUUCUUGGUUCUACCGUUCUUUAUUUUUACAAACAACCUACAACCUUACCACCGUAUAAUCCACCAGCUUAUAAUCCACCUGCCCCAGCAUACUACAUACCUAAUACUCAGUUACCUUACGAAGAAAACACUCGAAGACCCAAGCCACCAAUCUUACGUUUAAAACAGUUAUUAUUCCCACGUCUAUAUGCAGCUUUUCAUCCUGACGAGUGAUAACUAACAUAAAUUGUAUUCUAAUCAAGACAACAAAUAUAUAUAUAAAUAUAUUUAUAUGAACGUGUUAGUAACACGCAUGAAUAAUGAUAAUUUCUUAUUUAAUAACGACUUAAAUGUAUUUUAAAUUAUUAUUUAUUUAUUAUUUAUUCUAUGGAUAUCUAUUAUAUCAAUAACGGUAAAAACAUGAUGAUUUCACUAACACCAUGUAAGUACCAAUAAUAUUUUAAUAUAAUAAAUUAAUGUCAAAUGUUUAUACGUAUAUAA